AGCCAUCGCCGUGGAGGCUGUGGGAGCGCAGCCUCAGCCUCGGCUGCCGGGACGAUCUGGGCUUGCGGGGCAGUUCGCACGCCUGCCCCUCGUGUGACUCGUCCCCCUGCCCGCGGGGUGACUUGUGACUCGUUCCGCGGCCCCUGGGGUGGCUCCUCUCGCUGCCCCCGCGGUGAUUUGUUCGUGUGCCGCCGGCCGGGAGGCUGAGGUGCCCCCGGAGGUGUCGGUGCGGGGACGGAGUACAUGUUACCAUGGCGAUGACUGCAGGGACUACAACAUCCUUUCCCAUGAGUAACCACACCCGGGAGAGAGUGACGGUGGCCAAACUCACGCUGGAGAACUUCUACAGCAACCUAAUUAUACAGCACGAGGAGAGGGAAACCAGGCAGAAGAAGCUGGAAGUGGCUAUGGAAGAGGAAGGCCUUGCAGAUGAGGAGAAAAAGCUGCGCCGCUCACAGCACGCUCGCAAGGAAACGGAGUUCCUGCGCCUCAAGAGGACCAGGCUCGGCUUGGAUGACUUCGAGUCUUUGAAAGUCAUAGGAAGAGGAGCAUUUGGAGAGGUCCGGCUCGUUCAGAAGAAGGAUACAGGUCACAUUUACGCAAUGAAGAUACUGAGAAAAGCAGAUAUGCUGGAGAAAGAGCAGGUGGCCCAUAUCAGAGCAGAAAGAGAUAUUUUGGUUGAAGCGGAUGGAGCCUGGGUAGUGAAAAUGUUUUACAGCUUCCAGGAUAAAAGGAACCUUUACCUGAUCAUGGAGUUUUUACCUGGAGGUGACAUGAUGACCUUGCUAAUGAAGAAGGACACUUUAUCAGAGGAGGAGACCCAGUUUUACAUUUCUGAGACGGUGUUGGCCAUCGAUGCCAUUCACCAGCUGGGAUUCAUCCACAGGGACAUCAAGCCAGACAAUCUCCUGCUGGAUGCCAAGGGUCACGUAAAGCUGUCUGAUUUUGGGCUCUGCACAGGUUUAAAGAAAGCCCACAGAACAGAGUUCUACAGGAACCUCACACACAACCCACCAAGUGACUUCUCAUUUCAGAAUAUGAACUCAAAGAGGAAAGCAGAAACGUGGAAGAAGAACAGGCGACAGCUGGCAUAUUCUACUGUGGGAACCCCAGACUAUAUUGCUCCAGAAGUGUUUAUGCAGACUGGGUACAACAAGCUGUGUGACUGGUGGUCAUUGGGAGUGAUUAUGUAUGAAAUGCUAAUAGGGUAUCCACCUUUCUGCUCAGAAACGCCACAAGAGACUUACAGGAAAGUUAUGAACUGGAAAGAAACAUUGGUAUUUCCUCCAGAGGUGCCCAUUUCAGAGAAAGCAAAGGAUUUAAUUCUAAGGUUUUGUAUCGACUCUGAAAAUAGAAUUGGUAGCAAUGGAGUAGAGGAAAUAAAAAGUCAUCCAUUUUUUGAAGGAGUAGACUGGGGACAUAUCAGGGAAAGACCAGCUGCAAUCCCUAUAGAAAUCAAAAGUAUUGAUGAUACUUCCAACUUUGAUGAAUUUCCUGAAUCGGACAUUUUACAGCCAGUGCCAAACACGACAGAACCUGACUACAAAUCCAAAGACUGGGUUUUCCUCAAUUACACCUACAAGAGGUUUGAAGGGCUCACCCAGCGUGGCUCCAUCCCUUCCUACAUGAAAGCUGGGAAGUUGUGAAACAGAACACAACCCCCCAAAGGAAAUUGCAAACACAAACCUCAGGUAGCUGCAUCACCAGGCCCGCUUGGCGUUAGUUAUCAACACAUCGACUCUGGUGCGCAUCGAUUUCACACGGAAAUUCUACAGGAUUAGGAUUUCUAGGACUACUACAGGAAUUAGUUGGCAGUGCCAGCUGGCUUUUUUUUUUUUUGUUUGUUUCUUUUUUUCUUUUUUUCUUUUUUUUUUUAAUCCCUUUCCUCUUUUUUUUAAUAUUUGAAUAUUUUUGUUAACUUUAUUAUACAAAGGUACUGGAAUAAAAGGAACGUGCAUCCCUUUUCCUGCACUGCCUAUGUGUGGAUAACGGUUAAUUAUGCCUCUCUGUACUGUGGCUUUGUUUGUACUGUAAACCAUCUAAUCUCCACCCAGGAGGGAAACAUAUCAUUUGAGGCAGCAUUGUUGUUGUACUGUUCACCUGGUGGGGCUUAGAUAAGCAGUAUAAAGAAAACUGUCCACACUUGCAAACCUCUCUGAGCAGUUGCUCAAGGGUGUUCCAUUUGUGGUCUGCACAUCCCCCAUGAGUGUAGCACAUGGAAUUAUUUUAAAUAGCAGUGUCCUCUGGGCCUCCUUAUGUCCUGUGUGCCCUCUCUUGCCCCCAGUGCAGGACUUUAUCAGCCCUUCAUCGUUGUCCCUUUUGUCCCUUUUCCCACAGUGUUGUGGCAGUGAGGCAGUCCCUGUGAUCUGUUUAGCGAUAUUUCUGCUUUAAAGGAUGGUUGGCAGUACUGCUGUUAGAGGUGAUGAUGCCUACUGGCAAUUUCAGAAGAAAAAAGGAAUCUGAAUAAAAAGUAUCAAUAUUUUUAGCAGAAAGGAAACUUUCCGAUACAAAGUUUGAGGAGGUGGUGGAUUUUCCAGGUCUGUGUUCCUGCCUCUGCUUUAAAGCAGAUCAUCUUUGAGCUGCUCAUAAUUCAAACAUUCUUUUCUCUCUGUGCAAAAUGUGUUCCAGACGAGUGACCAGACUGGUGCUUUUUCUUUUUUUUUCCUCCAUGAGCAGCUGCAGGCAGAAGGGAUCCUGCUCUAACCUCUCCAGAAUCGCAGCCUCUGCUCACAUAGAGGAAAUGGAGUGUCCCACUAGACUCAGACUCUCCAAUGGGCUCCUUUUCUUCCAGGAUCUCCACCUGGCUUGGCCAUGGGAUUAGAAGGGAUCAGCUGAGCCUGUAGCCCAUUUCCAGGGACCACCUAAAUGUUCUUGUGGCCAGUCUGCAGGAUGGUGACAACCUGACAGCCGAGCCAGGUCUCCUUCCCCCGGGCAGAGGAAACAGAAGCAGAAAUACCUCCGUGUGUAGGCUCUGAUUUUGUACAUCAGCUCAGCAGCAGUUCAGGACUGAGCUGUGCUCCCUGAGCAGUUUGCAAUUAUCUGGUCGCUGGUGAGUUUCUCUGCCUGUACUCACAGCUUAUCUGCAGGGCUUUAUAUCUGUCACAGUACAGCAGAGAUCUCUGCUGUCAUUUUCUGGUCUAAAGAGAUGUACAGCAAUGAACAAUUCCCCAGUGGCUGAACAAGCAGAGUCACUGUUGCUGUCUCCCUCCUCUGCACACCAGUGAAAGGCACCCUGAAACCUCUGCAGCCCCCUCUGAGUGGAGCACAGGAUGUUUCGGCAUACAGCAGGAAGGAUUCCACUGGACAGACUUUUGUAGCAAUAUGGAAACUACUGUUAUAAAGCCAUUAGAGAAACAUUUAUUGCUGUUAGGCACUGUGGUAUCAGCUGUUCUGAAUUAUUUGUAUGCUCUGAAAAACAUACUGAGAUGUUCAUCCGUUGUAUAAGAGCCCAUUUACCAGCAAGAUUUCUGUGCAUUCGGUGCCUGUGAUGGGCAGAUAGUCUUCCCUGAUCCAGCCAGGAUCCCUGAUCCAGCCUUUCCUCCAUGGUUUUGUCUCCCUUGAAGCAUCUAAUAUCUGUUAUUUAUACCAAACAGUUUGUCUUCAGCCCCUCAACCAGGAGUAGCCAUGGCCUGAGGCCCAUCCAGCUCCUCGAUGUCCCAGAUUUGCUUCCCAGACCUUACACUAGUUAACAUCCCAGUACUGCUGUUGGGGCAAGAUCCUUAAAAAUUCUCCAGUGUUGUUCUUAGCCUUGUCAUUGUGCUGAGGCUCAACCUGUGACCAUCCAAAGGCUGUACAAAAACAAUAACUCACUUAAAUCCACCUUCCAGGCAUCAUUCUGCCAGUGCCCCAACAGCUCCUGAGGCUUCUCAGGAAAGGAAGUGCCUUUCCUGAGGCCUGGACUGCAAACCAGGGAAGCUUGAGCAGGAAGAAAAAUCCUGAGAUGCAAACUUGGCCUCAAAGGACACUGCUAUUCAAAACAAUUUUCAUUGGUUUUCAUUUCCAGUCUCAUCCAUGGGACACUGUGUGCACUGGAAUUGAAAUUCCUGCAAACACCACCUUUCAGAAGAGCACAGUAACCCCAUUAACGUGUCCUACAAAGAAGUCUUUGCUCAAACUUGUUGAGACAAGCUCAGUUUCAUGAAAACUGCAAAUGCUCAGUGAUACUGGUGAUUUUCUUUUUUUUUUUUUUCUGUGGGGCUUAGGGGAGGGCAGAGAAAUACAAAUUUAAUUUAAAGCUAUCUAUUAAACAACUAUGUCUGUACAUACUCACUGGUUUACAAACUCGGGAAAAAGCUCAACCGUUCUAUUUGCAACACUAAAGAUAAUACUAAUUUAAAACUGCAGAUGAUUAAUCAUAUCAGUGCUCACAUAGGAGUUAUAUCCAUAAGGAAACAGCCUGCAACCUAUCUAGCAUAAACUCCUGUAUUGUGGUAGUUGACUUUUAAAAUUUUUUUGUAAACAUAGCAUUAUUUUAAUCAGUAAGUCAAGUUAAACAAUAUUAACUACUGCUUUUAGGAUGAUAGGGGUUUUUUUUUAAAAAAGGUGAAACUGUGACACUGUAAUGGAUUAAAGAGAACAGCAGGUUAAUCUACACCGGCUUUCAAAAAAAAAUGGAAGUGCAACAUAUCUUUAAUUUUGUUAUUUCUGUCUGAUUCCUUUGGAUGGUUGUGUGUUUUCCUUUGGCAAUGUUAGUCACUGUGCCAUUUAUUUUUCUUAUUCUUGGAGUACCAAAGAUCCUGAAAUGGCUUGAUGAUUGCAACCAUGUGAAAAUUUAUUUUCUGGGAAGUAUGUUUUGUUAAACUUCUGUUAAAACGUGAAAUUGUGUAUGCAAAUUGUUAUCAGAGGUUUGCUGGGAUGUUUACCUAUUCCAGCAGGGAAAACUUGAGUGCGUCGGUGGAAGUGGAGAGCCUGAAUCCAAAUUCUGCAUUGGAAUUCCCUGAAAAUGGGAAGGAAGCUUGGAUUGGGAACUGCAGCUGAGCUUUUGCACUUCGUUCCAUCUCCAAUCAGCAUGAGUGAGUGGCCUUAGGUACAGGACAUCAGCUGAGGUUGUCUCAUGUGCAAAAGGAGUUUAAAAAAAAAUUGCCAGCAUUCAGAAAUCAAAUCUUGUUGAUACUGCAUUUGCACUGUUCAAUUUGCCUUGCUGGAGAGUUAUAGAAGUGUUAUUUUUAUAGGUCAAUUGUUCCCCACCUGAGCCGUUGGAGACAGUCUGGGAUAAGGGCACCUGCCAGGGGGAGUUCAGCCAUGGGCACCAGGAAUGGGCACCAGGAACAGCAGCCAGCUCUGUCCCCAGGGGUGACAUUCCUUCUGUGCCCAGCAAGCAGGGAAUGCUGCAGUCUAGCCCAGGUAAUGCUUAGGAAGUGCUCUCACUUUCUCAAUAACACGAGCAAAUACAGGCGUUGUGACACACUGUACCUUGUCCUUUUACUGUUGGGAUCUCACAGCAGCUCGUUCUUGGAGUCAAAAUGGCAACUGCUAUAUUUUUCCUAGACUGUUUCAUUAGUUGUGGUUGGGAAAGUUACAUAGAAGCAUUAUAAAAAUUUAUAUGAGGCUUUUUACAGCAUUUGAAAAUAAAAGUAGCAUUCU